AUUGGGUUGCUAUAUGUCAUUUCUGGAUUCGGGGGUAGUUUGGUCUCUUCACUUUUUAUUCAACAAAACAUUGCAGUUGGUGCUUCUGGUGCACUUUUUGGCUUGCUGGGUGGCAUGCUCUCAGAACUCAUUACUAAUUGGUCUAUAUAUGAUAAGAAGAUAGGAGCUGUGUUGACCCUUGUGUUUGUGAUUGUUAUAAAUCUAGCAAUGGGGCUUCUGCCACAUGUGGACAAUUUUGCUCAUAUUGGAGGCUUCCUUUCAGGGUUUCUUCUGGGAUUCGUGUUUUUGAUCCGCCCCCAAUCUGCAUGGGUUAAGCAACAAUACGCUCUCUCAUCAUCACCAAAUUCUCCGCUAUCCAUUAAAAAACCUAAAUUCAAGAAAUAUCAAUGCUGCUUGUGGGUUCUUUCCUUGCUCCUCCUAAUUGUUGGGUUCACUUUAGGCUUAGUUACACUUCUUCGUGGUGUUAAUGUAAACGAUCAUUGCUCCUGGUGCAAAUAUUUGUCUUGUCUUCCAACUUCCAGAUGGCACUGCAACGACACUCGAAUUAAAAAACCUGCAUCUUGUACGGUAGAAGAGACUGGUAGCGAAUUGAACAUGACAUGUUUAACAAAUGGUAUAUCCAAGCCAUUUUAUUUGCCAGAUCCAACCUAUGAUCGAAUUACAGAAUUAUGUAAACAGAUUUGUCAGUAGCUAUUG